ACAGAGUAGGCUCAGUUCGCGGGUUAUCGAUUUUUCUGCACAUUCAGCGCCUCUGAAAAGCUCGCUAGCUUGCGCUCUUGCCGCGAGCUGCGGUCAGAUUUCGUUCAAGCGACGGCACAUAACCGUUCUUCGCGCUCGGAUUGGCUUCACGUCCCGCCAUGGCUCGCGUCGCGGCAUCAUGGUGGAUGCUGGCGCUGCUGGUGCUUCUCCCCCUCGCUACGUCAGCCGUUGCGGCGGAAAUUUCCGGCGAAGCUGCCUCGGAGCCGAAGCCGGAUCCUCUGUCGAUCACUCCUCCUUUUCCCGGCAAUGAGUUCGUGGUGCCGCAGUCCUUCCUCUUCCCCAUGUUCGGCCCUCCCCACCACGGCCCUCCCGAUGGCCCUCCCGACGGACCCCCUCGCCCCGACGGUCCCGGCGGCCCCGGCGGUCCCGACGGCCCUCCUCCUCGCGAUCCCUUCGGCCCUCCCUUCGGUCCUGGUGGCCCCGACGGCCCCGACGGCCCCGACGGCCCUGGCGGCCCCGGCGGACCCUUUGGCGGACCCGACAGGCCCGACCGACCCGACCGGCCCCACGACCGCCCCGACCGGCCCGACUGGCCGCACGACCGCCCUCGCGCUGCUUUCGGUCCCUUCGACCCCCAUGGCCCGCCGUUUGGCCCGCACCCGCCGUUUGGCCCGCACCCGCACCCCCCGUUCGGUCCGCACCCGCCUUUCGGUCCGCCGCACCCCCCGUUUGGCCCGCAUCCGCCGUUCGGCCCGCAUCCCCCGCCGCACCCCCCGCCGCCGGAGGCGAUCAAGCUGACGUUCGAGCUGCUGGCGGCCGUGGGACGCGCGAUGGGCGUGCUGUUCCAUCCGGGCUCGCAGGCGGGUGAAGAGGCGACGUGCGGAGAGUGCGUGACGUGGGCGACUAAGGCACUUUUGGAGGCACUCUCCAACGAUAUUACCACCAACAUCUGCACUGAGGACGCCGCUGCUGCAGACCCCCCGCACCACCACUUCUGUCACCUCUUCGCCAACCUCACUACGGCGUCAGCCAUCGGUGUUUUCGACAAGCUCCACAUCAACCCUCUCUCCAUGGCCGUCACGUUCUGCGCCAACCAUGAUUCCUGCAUGCCCAAGCCUCACCCUCCUGCACACGAAGCGAGUUCCGAGCCUAUUUCCGAACCUGAAGUCCUGGUCGAGGAGGAGGCUGUUGCCGAAGCUACUGCCGAGGCUGGAGCCGAGGCUGUUGCCGAAGCUGAUACGGUGGAGGUGUUUGCCUCAGAUGAAGCUCCUCUGAAGAUCCGGGUUGCUACGCCCUCGCGCCGUCUCCUGGCGGAUCACCAUGCACGCAUGCACAUGGACAUGGGCGGCAUGCACAUGGCCAUGAACAGUAUCGGCAUGAUGAUGUCAUCACCCUCCACUUCGGAACCUUCCGCCGAUGCUUCUGCUGGCGUUGCUGGGGGUGCGGAAUCCGGCGGCGAAGGGGAGUCCUGCGACACGUGCAUUAUCGAGGGGUUUCAUCUGAUAGAAGCAUCCGUUCGCGCCAAGAUCAAGUGGAUCUGCGCGCACGCAGAGGACGAGCACGCGCCGCCACACCUCAGGGCGAUGUGCGCAUUCAUCCACCAGUACCCGUUCCUCACUAUGGUCAUCUCCGUUAUCCACAUCAAGCCGUGGGACCGGGUCGUGCCUGCCUGCUUUGAAAUGGGUGCUUGCAAGCCCCCUCCUCCUCCUCCCGGUCCGCCUCACGUCCCCGCUAACUUCCCUGAUUUUCCUCCUGGUACUCCUGGCUUCCCUCCUCAUGGCCCUUGCCCCCCUGGACAGGAUUGCCCUCCUCCUCCUUGCCCCCCGGGUCAGGAUUGCCCCCCUCCCCCCUGCCCCUGUCCUCCUUUCCCCCGUCCUUCCCUCCCUACCGACGUUGUCCCCCUCCCCAUCCUCCCCACUCUGGACCUCAACAUCUUCCACCCCCCUCCUCCCCUCCCUCCUCCCUUCCCUCCUCCUUUCCACACUCCCUUCACCCCUCCUCCCUUCUCCCCUCCUGACCACCCGCCAUUCCCUCCUCACCCGCGUGGCCCCCCUCCCCCCCCUUGCUUUCUCUCCGGUGUCUUCCGUUCUGUCGGUGGCUUCUUUGCCCGGAUCCUUGGGUUCCCCCCUCCGCCUCCCCCGCCCCCUCCGCCUUGCGCGGGGGAUGAACCGGGAAAUGUUUUAGCUGAGUAUCUUUUAGCUGAGAGUCAGAUGGUCAAGGAGGAGCAGCUGCCAAGUCAAAUCAAGGGAGAUCUGGGAGAGAUUGGCGUGGUGGAAUCUGGGAAUGCAGGCGGGUACGCGGGGGCGGAUGCAGAGACUUAUUAUGGGAAUGUUGUGUUUGCUGAUGCAGGCGAGAACCUUGCUUCAGGUUCUGGGAUGGUCAGGGUGAUGCGAGAUAAUACAGAGGGGAAGGGAGGCUUUGUUUAGAUUGCCUGAGUGUGCAAGUGGACGUUACUAUUUUGUUUGGUGGGCAUUCUGCACUGGUUUAUUAGGGUUAGAAAUGCCUAGGCGGUUUAUUUCCUCGUAAGUGUAGAUGUUAUACAGAAGGAAAUGUGGGCUGUUGUGGGCUGAAACGCAUCUUGGUGGUGGAAUAGUGGAAAAUGAUAACACCAA